CCUAAUUGUUGUGAUAAACUUAUUAAAUAGAUAUGGCAAUGAGUAAAAUAGUGGGUUGUCUCAUUGGACCUAAAGUGUAUCGUUACAUGAUAACAACUCCUGAAAAGCGCUUCUUGCCCUAUGAGCCCACAUUGCUGGAGACGAUGCCCGAGACUGCAAUUGGAGUGAUAAAAACUCUCUUUUCCUUCACCCGAAAUGCAUGGUUUCUCAUCAUACCCUACAUGUACAUGCGCGAUUACUUCACCAGACAGGGAUGCUUGUACUUGCUUAAUUGGACGGGUGUCGUCACUCUACUAUUCUGUUUUUCCUUUGCAGUCAGAGCAACUGGACGCUUUUUGAACCCUGUUUACUCCAAAUUCGUAGAUGUCAGAUACGAUACAUCUUUGUCGCCAGAACAGAAAAAGGAAGCCCUGGCGAAGUUCUCUUAUGAGUUUUCGCACUGUGAUCCCGACUUCGAUUUGAGUUCAUCUUCCGACAACCGUCUUAGAGACUUCAAACCUACAUUCAGAUUACCACCUCAUUUCACAAUCGCACAAUCAUCUUUUUUGGGGAGAAUAUUCAAAAUGCCAUAUGAUUUGCUCUGCAAUGUGGCGAUGAAUGUGGUUGGACGGCGCAUGAUCUACCCUGGAUCUCUGCAGAUUCUCAACUCUCUUUUAAGUGAACCCAGAGAUGAAGCUCGUUCCAAAUUCCUUCUGAAAUACGAGGGUGCCAGGCGAGUGAAGCUAGUGUCUGAAUUGUCUGACGAAGUGGAUGCAUUUGUGGUGGACAGAAGAAACAAAGACUCUUCGGUUGGUGAAUCGCUCAACGGAGACAAGAUAGUCAUCUGCACUGAAGGCAACGGGGGCUUCUACGAGAUAGGCAUCAUGGCCACUCCCCUCGAGGCAGGCUACUCAGUGCUCGGCUGGAACCACCUCGGAUUCGGAGGCAGCUCCGGUCUGCCUUGGCCGGAGAACGAACAGGCGGCAAUCGACACAGUGUACAAGUAUGCCAGGGUGGAGCUGGGCUUCGCAGAUGAAGACAUUGUGCUGUUUGCAUGGUCAAUCGGAGGAUACGCGACCAGCUGGCUGGCCAUGAAUUAUCCCAACAUCGGAGCAGUCGUGAUCGACGCUUCUUUUGACGAUCUAGUGCCUCUAGCAUUGGCCAAAAUGCCUCAGUUCGCAUCGGGACUGAUCACACGGGGCAUUCGUCUCUUCAUGGAUCUGAGAGUGUCUGAACAAUUGAAGGGCUACCCUGGACCCGUGCUAUUCUACAGGAGAACGAGGGAUGAAAUAAUCACCACUCAGAUGCACGAUCUAUCCUCCAAUCGAGGCAAUGACCUUGCACUAGACCUCAUCGAGCACAGAUAUCCCCACCUAUUUGAAGAGAGUGACGCGUUCAUGCGUGAGUAUGCACUGGACUAUCUGUCUGAGAAGUUAGAUGCAUCUAGCUGGGGCGGCAUGGGCGGGGGGAUGGACAGUAACCAAAAGGACCCGAAUGCCACGGCUGUCAGCUACAGUACAACACAGUCACAUGUGGAGAAGUUCAGAAUGGACGAACUCAACUCGAAAGGCGACUGGUUCCCCUCGCAACUAGGUAGAAAGUCCAGCGAAUCUGAAAAGAAACAGAUACUAGAAUGCCUUCUGCAGAAAUAUAUAACAGAUUUAGCAGAUGUCCAUUGCACUCCAUUGCCAGUCUCCAAGUUCAGAAUCCCAGAACCUAUUUAGACAACAGGAGCAUCCUCUCAUAUAUGCAAAUGAAGCAUAGAACAGACAAACAGAACAGACGUCAUCGAUCGUUGAGAUGAAUGAAAAUCCCAUGAUUUAAUUCCAUGCAUUCGGCAAUUGAUUUUUUUCCCACAAGCAACGCUUGUUAUCAAGUUCGAAUUUGAAUAAAUCCAGUCGGACUGAACAUUAUCGAUUA